AUGCCGAAGAAUAAAGGAAAGGGUGGUAAAAACAGGCGUCGUGGAAAGAACGAGAACGACAACGAGAAGCGUGAACUCAUCUUCAAGGAGGAUGGCCAGGAAUACGCACAGGUCGUGAAGAUGUUGGGUAACGGUCGUCUGGAGGCCCAGUGCUUCGAUGGCGAAAAGCGUCUUGCACACAUUCGAGGAAAACUGCGCAAGAAGGUCUGGAUCAACCAAGGAGAUAUCAUCUUGCUCUCCCUGCGUGACUACCAAGAUGAAAAGGGCGACGUCAUCAUGAAGUACAGCGCCGAUGAGGCUCGUAGUCUCAAGGCUUACGGCGAGUUGCCCGAGACCGCCAAGAUCAAUGAAACCGAUACCUAUGGCCACGAAGGCUUCGAAGAUAACGUCGAGUUCGACGAGGAUCGUGAUAGCAGCGACGACAAGGAGAUUGAUGUCGACGAGAUCUAA